AUGAACUUGCCGGUGAGGGAUAAGAAAAAAAAUAGAGGUGACUUAGGAUCAGAGUGUCGUGAAGGGGCUGUAGGCGUCACGUCGGGCAGUGAAGGUGGCAAAAAGAAGUCCCUGAAAGAGACCAAGAAGCAGGUCAAGGACAUGGAUGAGAAAGAUGAGGCUUUCAAGCAGAAACAGAAAAAGGAGCAGAAGAAACUUGAGGAUCUAAAAUCCAAGGCCGCGGGGAAGGGUCCCCUGGCCUCAGGUGAAAUUAAGAAAUCUGGCCCAAAGUAAGCUAUUGCUCAUAUCCGAGGCUGUGGGGAGCCUCUUCCACUCUGUUGGAACAUGUGGAUCCCCUGCCCUAACAUCUUUGCCACCUACAGCCAGAAGGAAGUGUUAUCCUGGAGCUUACUGUACAUUGUAAUAAACUUUGGUGAUAAAAUAAAAUAAAUAAUAAAAAAGAAAAAAUAGAGAGCGAUGCUAUACAAAGAGAGAAAGCGAGCACUCAUUUAGAUACCCAUAAAAGUGGUGAUGGGACAGCUGGAAAUUAUGUAGAAACAGAAGGCUGAGAUGCAACAAAAGGAAGAAAGCUGAAGGGCUUUCUUCAGCUGAGCAUGAGGAGCAUGGCCCUGGCAGGCCUUGCCCUUCUCCCCCAUCCCCUCUGCCUUGCUAAAAACUGUUAAAUUACAUCCCUAAAGCUAGCCACCAAGGUCCAUUGCAUCACUUGAACACUUCCUCCUUCUGAGGCUGACCACCAGGGUCCAGCUAUCACAGUAUGGAAGUCCAGCACUCAAUAGCCCCCUUUGGCUACCCUAAGUAGCAUGCCCAAUCAAAAUUAAACACCUUCCCACCCCACCCUGAAACACCCCUUUCUGCCCUGGGACAAAUAUCCCUUGUUCCUUUCCCCUUUCUCUUGUCCUGUAUAUCCUGUCUUUGUCUCAUUUUCCCUGCUCUUUGUUUCUCUGGGGCAAAUAAAUCUCCUUUGUGCUGGGAACGUAGUCUCAGGGUGUCCUGAGCCAAUACCAGUCCCUUUCAAAAGCCAAGCCAAACACUGCUCCAACACUGUGGCUCCCUGUGUUGGGAGGUGUUGGAGACUCAGCCAAACAUGAGCCAGGUGACCCUGGUGCAAAGACCCUGGCAGUUCUACCCAAGCACAAGCUCGCAGCUCACACAAGCCUCAAGCCCAGCUGCUGAUCUUGUUGAGAACUGCUGGGCCAGAUGUGGAGAGCGGUGACUCAGCUCUGAGGGCUGUGGCCAGGAGCCAUCCUUCUUUAAACCUGAGCUAGCUUGGAGGUCAACAACAGGGAACCAUCACAAUGCAGGGACCUGGAUUUAACCUGCCACAGAGCUCCAGGGUGAGAGCUCCUGAGGCAGCUGGGCCCAGGCACUGGAGUGCAUGGAAAAGGGACUCCACCCUGUCUGCCUGGAGCUGGCCUUAUCAACUGGGAAUAAGCUGGAGUUUGAGAGCACUGAGCCUGGGCCAGCAGCUGUAUCAACUCCUAGCUUCAGGGUCCCAGUGGAGUCUGAGGUCCCUGAAGCUGCAGUGCUCUGCUCUGCACUCCAGCCACAGCCUCCAGUUUAGGGCUUUGAUCUGAGCCCCGAGCCUGCUUGCCCCAGUCCACACACCUGGGAGACACUCCCCUCAUGUCAGCUAGAACUUGAGCUUCUCCUGGGUGAAGAAACUGAGGAAGUUCAGGAGGGUGAGGGAGUAAGAGGGCCUGCCCAGCACAGACUGCAAAGCCAAGUGUGGCCAGCAGGGGCCCCUGGUAAGCGCUCAGGGACAGUGCCAAAGUGAUGGCAGUCUGGUCUAGACUUUGCCAUGCAGGAGCAGCACCAGCCUAAACUGUAGGAGGGACAGGAGUCCACAGUUCAGCUGGCCAUCCCAACCCAGCAGUCUACAAACAUACAGAAAGAAGACACACCAAUACUUUGGCGUUUCUUUCCUGCCUCUUUCUCUCACUAUACUUCAGUAGUAUCUUUAAUUUAAAAAUCAUGUUCAUGGUUUACAACCCCUUCAUCUAUUUAUCUAAUUUUGUUUAUGCAUUUGGUUCAUUAUUGGGCAAUCUUUUUGCCUUUUCCUCUUUUGUUUUUGCUCAAUCAUUUUGCUUUUCCUUUUUGGUUACAUAAACUUUCCCUUUUUCUUAUUUUUAUCAUACUUUUAGCAGUUUUUUUUUUUUUUUUCCUGUAGCUCCUUGACUUUUCAUUUUAUUUUGAUAGAUUUUUAUAUGGCUAUAUUUUUUAGCGUGGGCUCAA